UGUCCUCCUUCCUGAUGGCAGACUCAGAGGGGACUUACCAUAGAGGCGAUAAAAAAAACAACACUUUCGGUUUCUCUUCGAUGGUUUCACCUCGCCGACAGCUUGAGCAGGAGCUCGGGAAUCAUUACCUGACAAGUUCGGUUCAUUAGGUGAAGUUUAAUCGUCUUUUUCUACCUUCUCAGACGAUUACAAAGCCUCCAAAACAUCAGCGUUGAAGACAUACCCCGUACACUAUGCAGAAAAUGAGCUCCUUUUUCUACCUGCUCUUCGUCUGCCUGGAUGUGUGCGUGGUUCACGCCGUCCGCUUGGCCCAGCUCUACCCUGUCCUCCUCUCCUACCCCUUCAUCGCCCUGUGGGGAGGAGGCUUGACCCGGGCUGUCCUCCUCGCUCUCUUCACCCUCAACUACCCUGGAAGCUCGCCGUGGAUGAGCAGCUUCGCAGGCCUGCAGAGUUUAGGAGUUCUUUGCUUCCACUUCCCCGCGUACACCUCUCUCCUCUGGAUCCUGGGGCAGCCCACCGCGGAGGCGGUGUGGGGGUGGCACUCCUGGGAGAGGGUGUGUCAGGGUUACGUCGUGACGCUGGUGGCAUGGCUCUACUGGAGUCAGUACGUGUCGUCUCUGUUGCUCUCUUGGGGACGAUACUUCUCGUCUCUGUGGACUGGGGGGGCGUCAGAGGAGCCCCAAGAUAAUACCAGUUCCUCACUGAAGAGGCUGCUGGGAUACAUGAGGCCCUAUGCGGGGCGCUUUGUAGCCGUGUUGUUGCUCGUUCUUUUCUCUUCUUACGGUGAGAUGGCCAUUCCUCAGUACACUGGUCGUGUGGCUGACUGGAUCCAGAAUGAAUCGGCACCGGAUGCUUUCACAGAGGCCAUCACACGCAUGACGUUUAUGACUAUCGGCAGUGCUGUGCUUGAGUUUUUCUGCGACCUUAUGUACAACAGCACCAUGAGCCUCGUGCACACCUUAGUGCAGAAAGAUGUCUUCCAGACCGUCAUAAAGCAGGAGAUCGCCUACUUUGAUGACAAUCCAACAGGUGAGCUGGUGUCACGCAUAACCACAGACACUAAUGACAUGAGUGAAGCCCUGAGUGAGAAACUAAGUCUCCUGAUGUGGUACUCUGGACGUUUUGGCUUCCUCCUGUGGUUCAUGGUGAGCCAGUCCUGGAAAAUGACCCUGCUCACCUGCAUGGGUCUGCCCAUCAUCUGGGUCAUACCCAAGCUCACAGGAAGCUUCCACCAGGAAAUUGCUGCUAAAGUUCAGGCGUCACUGGCUAAGGCAAACCAGGUGGCCACAGAAACCUUCUCCUGCAUGAAGACGGUGAGGAGCUUUGCCAACGAGGACGGAGAGACGGAGAGGUACAAACGGCAGCUGGACGAUACGUACGCUCUAAAUAAACAGGAAGCAGCAGCGUAUGCGGCCUCUACCUGGGCAAACAGUAUGACCACUCUGGCCCUGAAGGUGUGUAUUCUGUACUAUGGGGGGACUCUAGUGACCAGGGGUACCGUCAGCAGCGGAGACUUGGUGUCAUUUGUCCUCUACGAGCUACAGUUUGCCUCAGCUGUUGAGGCCGUCAUGCGUUAUUACCCCGAGGUGAGAAAGGCAAUCGGUGGCUCUGAGAAGAUCUUUGAGAUUUUGGAUCGCAAACCUGAAGUACCCGAAGACGGCACUUUAGCACCUGAAAGUCUUGAGGGACACAUUCAAUUCCAGCACGUGUCAUUUUCCUAUCCUAAGAAGGAAGAACAAAGCACUCCUGUGUUAAAGGAUGUGUCUCUGGACAUUAAACCGGGCCAAAUCACUGCCCUAGUGGGUCUUAACAGGUCAGGGAAGUCCACCUGUGUGAAGCUGCUGGAGAGAUUUUACCAGCCCGAAGAAGGACAAAUCCUACUGGAUGGAAAACCACUCCAAAACUACAAAGACCAGUACCUACAUGAGCAGAUCGCUGUGGUGAGUCAGGAUUGCGUGCUGUUUGCUCGCUCCGUGCGGGAGAACAUCAAGUAUGGCUUAGAGGAUGCUACGGACGAUGACAUGUACAGAGCUGCCAAGCGGGCCAGUGCGCACGACUUCAUCAUGGAGCUGUCGAGUGGAUACGACACAGAUGCCGGAGAGAGGGGAGGCCAGGUGUCAGGAGGACAGAAGCAGCGCAUUGCCAUCGCAAGAGCUUUAAUCAGAUGUCCUAAAAUCUUGAUCCUGGACAACGCUACCAGUGACCUGGACCCAGAGAAUGAAUACCAGGUCCACCAAGCUCUGCUGAACCAAACCAAGGACUGCACCGUGCUGUUGAUUUCCACCAAGAUGAGUGUCGUUGAAAAGGCGAAUCACAUCAUUGUACUCAACGAGGGGACGGUGGAAGAGGAGGGCAGUCACGAUGAGCUGCUGGAGAAAGACGGUUUUUAUGCCGAGAUGGUGAGAAAGCAGAAUACCGGCUUUCACCGUCAAGGAGAGGAGGGCAACGGUUCACAAUGAUAGAAAGCAGUGGUUGCACUAGAGCCAGAGAAGCAGUCAAGUCACUGGAGGGUUAGUGGUAAAAUGUCCCGACUUUAAAGCCUGAUUUAUAUUCCUACCUUGAGUCUACACUUUAGCUACGCCAAAGUGACCUCUACGUCUUUGUGUGUGUGUGUUUGUCUGCAUAGCUCUGCAUUGCUUUGCCUGUAACCAAACCACUACUUAACAAUGUGAUUACCAUGCCAGUUACUGUAUAUAGCCAGUGUCCAGUUCUGCCACAUUCUCUGCUACUUUGACUAAAUGACUAAAAAACCAUGGCGACUGGAACCGAGCAUAUUAUGUUGGGUUUGGAGCUGAUAAAUACUGUCCUAGUGCUCUUCCUUCUGCAGAAUUUUGAAAACGGCCCGAUACAGAAAAUGUUGUAAAUGCAAGGAUUACUCAACUAUCUAGCGGACCAAUGGCAGGGCUAGCAGUCUGCAUCGUUUCAAGGUGUAGUCACAUUUUUGAGAGGGUGCACGUCAGGCUAUGUACAGUACGUAAGUUCCUGCGUAGGUCCAGGGCUUCACAACCGUAAGGCAUAGAUUACAUGUAGAAGUAUAAAUCAGGCUUAAGCCGAUUGGGCAAAUUAGAAGAUAAAUUAUGCAUCACCUUGUGCAGCUCUCCGGGGUUAAGAUACCCAUUUCAUUUUCUUCACCCUACUGUCAUGUACGAAGGAGUGUACGUGAGCUGACAGGUACAUGUGGUACCAAGAUUACAUUUUCAUUGCAUUUUUUUUUAUUUAACUCGCCGUGUUUGGUUUCUCCAUUUUGACCUGGUCCAGUUUAUAUUGUAUUUUUUAAUUUUAUUUAUAAAACUAAACUCAAAAGAACAUCUUACACAUAUUUUUAAAGUUGCUCUUAAAUUAUUAUAUUUGUCCCCAAAGAUUUAUUUAUUUGGGCUUUUUGUCUGAAGCAGAUAGAGUGGGAAAGAUAAAUGACAUGCGGGAAUGGAGCCAAAGGUCGGCCGUCAGAGACCCUAUUACCCCUUAUUAUUUUUAAUAAAUUUUUUAGAUAUAUUUUUGGGCUUUUAUUCCCUUAUUGUACAGACAGGACAGUGGAUAGAGUUGAAAAGCAGGGAGAGAAAGAGAGAGAGUGGAAAAUGACAUGCGGGAAAGGAGCCACAGGUCGGAUUUUAACCUUGGCCGCCCGCUUGGAGUACUACAGCCUCCGUACAUGGGGCUCCCGCAAUAACCACUGCUCCACCAGCGCCCAGGAGCCCCUUGGAAUGUAAGUGUCUUGACAGACAAUUUAUCAAUUUUUUUUGUAUAAAAUGAUUUAGCUUUUAGUUCUUUUAGUUGCUUUGAAUGGUAAAGAAUCCAGUAGUACUUGUUUAUUUGAAUAGAACCCUUUAUUGUGAGAAUUCCCUCAAUAUUAUGGAUUUGUCAAGAGUGUUUUCUGUUUGAGAAUAUUUCCUCUUUUCCUGCACUCAAGCAGUAAGUGAGUAAGUUGUACUUGAACUCCUUGUUUUUUUUUUUUUUUUGGACUGUUAUGAGAGAAACAUGAAAACUUGGAUCAGACGGCCUUGAGUGAGUCGUGUGAAUCCAAACAGCUUGAUAAAGAUUGAUUCUACUUGGAGUGGGUGAUGUGGAUAAAAAGCCGUUGAUUUUUAACAUUUGUCUCAUUAAACCAAAGGAGAGCAUUUAAUGGACAACUGCUUAACGAUGGUAUCAUCAGAUCAUCUAAUAGUACUGACCAAUGGGAAGCUCCCAUAUGCCCGUUGGCUUUGAAUGGAAUUGAUUAUGAAGAAUUUCUAUAAUAAUCCCACUUUGGUGUUAACACUUUGCAAAUGUAGAUUCUGCUAAUUCUGUAUCCUGAAUAUUUAAGAUUUGGUUGUCAUGUAUUUUUCAUUUUCUAGAUGCUUUUGUACUCUUUCUGUAUCUCUGUCUCUUAGAAAUGAACGUUUAUCCAUCAUUAAA